GAUUUCGAUCAAGUUCACGAGUGUUCAUACAAUCAACUUGUUAUAGAAGUCAGUGAAAAAGUGCAAUGAAAUUAUUCGUCCUCGCCCUAGUGGCAGGUGCGGCAACACUAUCCUUAUGUAACCCCUUCGAGGGGUUAGAAGAGGAUAGAUGGAGACGAUCCCUGCUGACAGACGCCGAUACCAGCCUCACCGGAGGCGAAAAGAUAUCCAAAAGGUCUUUACUUACUGAAGCCGAUGCUGGACUACCUGGUGGUGAGAGAAUAUCCAAACGAUCUCUCUUCACUGAAGCUGAUCCUGCUCUGCCUGGUUUCGAGCGAAUCUCUAAGAGGUCUUUGUUAACUGAAGCAGAGUCUGCGUUACCUGGUGGUGAGCGAAUCUCCAAAAGAUCUUUGUUCAGAGAAGCAGAUCCUGCUUUACCUAGUUUUGAGCGAAUUUCCAAGAGGUCUCUGUUAACCGAAGCUGAGCCUGGUUUACCUGGUGGUGAGCAUAUAUCCAAAAGGUCUCUAUUUAGAGAAGCUGAUUAUGGUUUGAUUGGUAGCGAGAAAAUAUCAAAGAGGUCGACAGAUGAAGGCGUUGAAAGAAUUUCCAAACGAGCAGUGGAAGAAGACCAAGAAGCAGCUGAACAAUUCUGGUUACCGAAAUUUGCCAGAAAAAAUUUGGAAAGAGCUAGAAGGUCUGACGAUAGUUUAGAAGCAGCUGAAUCUACAUUCGCCUUCCGUCCCAACUUUGCCAGGCGAGAAUUCAGAAGAAUCAAGAGAAAUAUUGGAUUUUUACCAGGUUUUGCCAGAAAAGGUAUUAGAAGUAGAAGAUCAGCAGAGUUAGAAGACACAGAACAAGAAAACAAUGAAAGAAGCAAAAGAAAUAUUGGCUUCCUACCUGGAUUUGCAAGAAAAGGUAUAAGAAGCAGACGAUCAGCAGAGUUAGAAGACACAGAGGAAGAAAAUAAUGAAAGAAGCAAAAGAAAUAUUGGCUUCCUACCUGGUUUUGCUAGAAAAGGGAUACGAAGCAGACGAUCAGCUGAGCUAGAUGACGCAGAAGAAGAAAACAAUGAAAGAAGCAAAAGAAAUAUUGGCUUUUUACCUGGUUUCGCAAGAAAAGGUAUCAGAAAUAGACGUUCAGUUGAGAUAGAAGACGAUGAAGAAGAAAACAAUGAAAGAAGUAAAAGAAAUAUUGGCUUCCUACCUGGAUUUGCAAGAAAAGGUAUAAGGAGUAGACGAUCAGCUGAAUUAGAACCAGAAGGAGAAAAUAACGAAAGAGCAAAGAGAAACAUUGGUUUCUUGCCUGGCUUUGCAAGGAAAGGUAUCAGAAGCAGACGUUCCAUAUACUUAGAAGAUACAGAAGAUGAAGAAUCUGGUAACAGAGAAAGGAGAAAUAUCGGCUUUUUACCUGGUUUCGCGAGAAAAGGUAUUAGAAGCAAACGAUCAGUAGACGAUGAAGAAGAAAAGGAUUCUGAAAGAACUAAGAGAAAUAUUGGAUUUUUACCAGGUUUUGCUAGAAAAGGAAUCAGAAGUUAAGCUAAACGAUUUUUGAUUUCAAAAUGUACUAACUGUUAAUAUGCAAUUUCAAAAAAUACCAAAAAAUUUUCACAUGUAAUUGUAUUUAUUUCUAGAUAAGGAUUUGUGUAUAAUUUUUUAGAUAAUAAAUCUUUUGUAAUAUAGUUACAAGCUGGGGUCUUAUUGGUGUAAGGUACAAAAUAAAAUUUAUAAAAUUUUU